GGGAUGCAGGAAACAAAAACAUUACCAACCAUUGGUUGCGUCCACCUCGGGCUCGGGUCCCCAGCUCCAGGUCUGGAACCUGGGAGCACAGGUUUCCGGGACAGGGGUGGCGCUGUCCCGCUGAGCGUCAGCCUAGAACACACACGCUACACGCAGGCUCUGCGAGCGGGCAGCGUCCUCCCUGCUGGGAUGGGCGUGGGGCCCUGCGCUCCGCACACGGUCCUCACCGGGCUCGCGCGGAGCCACCCGCGGUCACCCGGGCUCGCGGCGAGUGAGCCGAGCUGUCGUCAUUCAUUCGCAGCGUCCGGAGCGUCCUUCCAGUUCGCUGCCCCGACGCACGGUGUCUGGGAGCGGUGAUCUCAGGCUCGGCAGCUGGGGGAUCAAGGCGGCCUGGGGUCUCGGGUCCCCGCACCAGCUCGCCCUUGAGCGCAGCCUCGCCCCGAGACCUAGCCCUGCCGCUUGCUCGCGCCGCCGUGGGCCGGGCCAGCUGCGAGGCUGCGCGCCUGGCAAGUGCGGCGCCGCAGGGAGGAUGCUACUUGCUAGGUCCCGAUCCCCGUCGUCGUUCCCCGCUGCCCGCUGGGUCUUUGUCGCGGGCCGGGAGCCGCGGGCCGCAGCCUGCUGAAGGCCAUCGCGGCCGCCGCGCCCACGGCCCGGCGGGCGAGCGUGUGCCCGGGAGUGCGCAGCAGUGUGCGGGGACCCCUUUGUGCGACUGCCCGCGGCCACCGGGACCAUGUGGGUGAAUCCAGAGGAGGUGCUGCUGGCCAACGCGCUGUGGAUCACCGAGCGGGCCAACCCCUAUUUCAUCCUGCAACGGAGGAAGGGCCACGGGGGCGACGGAGGCGGCGGCGGCGGAUUGGCGGGCCUUCUGGUGGGUACCCUUGAUGUAGUAUUGGACUCCAGUGCCCGUGUCGCACCGUAUCGGAUCCUUUACCAGACUCCAGACUCUCUAGUCUACUGGACCAUCGCCUGCGGUGGUUCCAGGAAGGAGGUUACUGAGCACUGGGAAUGGCUCGAACAGAAUCUUUUGCAGACGCUCUCCAUCUUUGAGAACGAGAAUGACGUCACCACAUUUGUAAGAGGAAAAAUACAGGGCAUCAUUGCAGAAUACAACAAAAUCAACGAUGUGAAAGAAGAUGACGACACGGAGAAGUUUAAGGAGGCCAUCGUGAAGUUCCAUAGGCUGUUUGGGAUGCCUGAAGAAGAGAAACUUGUCAACUAUUACUCUUGCAGCUACUGGAAGGGGAAGGUCCCCCGGCAGGGCUGGAUGUACCUCAGCAUCAACCACCUGUGUUUUUCUUCCUUCCUAAUGGGGAGGGAAGCCAAGCUGGUGAUCCGGUGGGUGGACAUCACUCAGCUGGAGAAGAACGCCACGCUGCUUUUGCCAGAUGUGAUCAAAGUGAGCACACGGUCCAGUGAGCAUUUCUUCUCCGUGUUCCUCAACAUCAAUGAGACAUUCAAGCUGAUGGAACAGCUUGCCAACAUAGCCAUGAGGCAGCUCUUGGACAAUGAAGGAUUUGAACAAGACCGGUCCCUGCCAAAGCUCAAGAAGAAAUCUCCAAAGAAAGUCUCUGCUCUGAAACGUGACCUGGAUGCCAGGGCAAAGAGUGAGCGAUACCGGGCCAUUUUCCGGCUGCCCAAAGACGAAAAGCUGGAUGGCCACACUGACUGCACCCUCUGGACCCCAUUUAACAAAAUGCACAUUUUGGGUCAGAUGUUCGUCUCCACAAAUUACAUCUGCUUCACCAGCAAGGAGGAAAACCUCUGCAGCCUCAUAAUUCCACUCCGGGAAGUAACCAUUGUGGAGAAAGCAGACAGCUGCAGUGUGCUCCCCAGCCCCCUGUCCAUCAGCACCAGGAACAGGAUGACCUUCCUGUUCGCCAACUUGAAAGACAGAGAUUUCCUGGUGCAAAGGAUCUCAGAUUUCUUGCAGCAAACGACUUCUAGAAUCUACUCAGACAGAGAGUUCUCGGGGAGCUGCAACAGUUCCGACGAUGAGGUGUAUUCUCGGCCCAGCAGCCUAGUUUCCUCCAGUCCCCAGAGAAGCACAAGCUCAGAAGCUGAAGGAGAACGCCCCUUUAACCUCAACGGCAACAGCGUCCCCACGGCCACACAGACCCUCAUGACCAUGUACCGUCGGCGGUCUCCUGAAGAAUUCAACCCCAAAUUGGCCAAAGAGUUUUUGAAAGAACAAGCCUGGAAGAUCCACUUCGCUGAGUACGGGCAGGGCAUUUGCAUGUACCGCACAGAGAAGACCCGGGAGCUGGUGCUGAAGGGGAUCCCAGAGAGCAUGCGCGGGGAGCUCUGGCUGCUGCUUUCAGGGGCCAUCAAUGAAAAGGCCACACAUCCCGGCUACUAUGAGGACCUAGUCGAGAAGUCUAUGGGAAAGUACAAUCUGGCCACGGAGGAGAUAGAGAGAGACUUACACCGCUCCCUUCCAGAACACCCAGCUUUCCAGAACGAAAUGGGCAUCGCGGCUCUGAGGAGGGUCUUAACAGCUUACGCCUUUCGCAAUCCCAACAUAGGAUACUGCCAGGCAAUGAACAUUGUCACUUCGGUGCUGCUUCUUUAUGCCAAAGAGGAGGAGGCCUUCUGGCUACUGGUGGCCUUGUGCGAGCGCAUGCUUCCCGACUACUACAAUACCAGAGUUGUGGGUGCCCUGGUGGACCAGGGAGUCUUCGAGGAGCUGGCACGGGACUACGUCCCGCAGUUGUACGACUGCAUGCAGGACCUGGGAGUGAUCUCUACCAUCUCCUUGUCGUGGUUCCUAACCCUCUUUCUCAGCGUGAUGCCCUUCGAGAGUGCGGUGGUGGUCGUGGACUGCUUCUUCUACGAAGGAAUCAAAGUGAUAUUCCAGCUGGCACUCGCCGUGCUGGAUGCCAACGUGGAUAAACUGCUGACCUGCAAGGAUGACGGAGAGGCCAUGACUGUUUUGGGAAGGUACCUAGACAGCGUGACCAACAAAGACAGCACACUGCCUCCUAUCCCUCAUCUCCACUCCCUGCUCAGUGACGAUGUGGGGCCCCACCCUGCAGUGGACAUCUUCCGACUCAUACGAACAUCCUACGAGAAAUUUGGGACUAUCCGGGCAGAUCUGAUUGAGCAGAUGAGAUUUAAGCAGAGGCUGAAGGUCAUCCAGACCUUGGAAGACACCACCAAACGCAACGUGGUGCGAACCAUCGUGACGGAGACCUCCUUUACCAUCGAGGAGCUGGAAGAGCUGUACGCGCUCUUCAAGGCUGAACAUCUAACCAGCUGCUACUGGGGCGGGAGCAGCAACGCCCUGGACCGGCACGACCCCAGCCUGCCUUACCUGGAGCAGUACCGCAUCGACUUUGAGCAGUUCAAGGGCAUGUUCGUACUCCUCUUUCCCUGGGCGUGUGGCACCCACUCUGACGUGCUGGCCUCCCGCCUGUUCCAGCUGUUAGAUGAGAACGGGGACUCCCUGAUUAACUUCCGAGAGUUCGUCUCCGGGCUCAGCGCCGCGUGCCAUGGGGACCUCACGGAGAAACUUAAACUCCUGUACAAAAUGCAUGUCUUGCCUGAACCAUCGUCCGACCAAGAUGAGCCAGACUCCGCCUUUGAAGCGACUCAGUAUUUCUUUGAAGACAUCACCCCAGAAUGCACACACGUUGUUGGCUUGGACAGUAGAGACAAGCAGAGCGCAGAAGACGGCUUCGUCACAGUGAGUCUGAAACAGGACAAAGGGAAGAGAGCAAAUUCUCAAGAAAACCGUAAUUAUCUGAAACUCUGGUCGGCGGAAAAUAAGUCUAAAUCCAAAAAUGCCAAGGAGUUGCCCAAGUUGAAUCAGGGGCAGUUUAUCGAACUCUGUAAGACCAUGUACAACAUGUUCAGCGAAGACCCCAAUGAGCAAGAGCUAUACCACGCCACGGCUGCGGUGACCAGCCUCCUGCUGGAGAUCGGAGAGGUGGGCAAGUUCUUCAUCGCUCAGCCUGGCAAGGAGGACAUGGUUCCAGGACCACCCUGCAGCCAGGCCAUCCCAGGCAUGCUCUUCCCAAAGAAGGGGCCCGGCCAGCCCUAUGUGGUAGAAUCUGCAGAACCGCUCCCAGCCAGCCUGGCAGGUGACAGUGAGGAGCACUCCCUUGGAGGGCAGAUGGAGGACAUUAAACUGGAGGACUCCUCACCCAGGGAUAAUGGGGCCUGCUCCUCCAUGCUGAUCUCCGACGACGAGACCAAGGACGACAGCUCCAUGUCGUCCUACUCGGUGCUGAGCGCGGGCUCCCAUGAGGAGGACAAACUGCACUGUGAGGACAUUGGAGAGGACACAGUCCUGGUGCGUAGCAGCCAGGGCAGAGCCACCCUGCCCAGGAGCAGCAGCCUGGACCGUGACUGGGCCAUCACCUUUGAACAGUUCCUUGCCUCGCUCUUGACGGAGCCUGCUCUAGUGAAGUACUUUGACAAGCCGGUGUGCAUGAUGGCCAGGGUCACCAGUGCAAAGAACAUCCGUAUGAUGGGCAAGCCCCUCACCUCAGCCAGUGACUAUGAAAUCUCUGCCCUCUCGGGCUGAUGCAGGAAGGGAAGGGAGGGUUUGUUUGUUUUGUUUUGUUUUGUUUUGUUUUGUUUUGUUUAAAUAUUCUUCUGUGUUGGGGGGAAGGGUGUUCUUUUCUUUUAAAUUAAAUAUUUAUUAGUACUGGCUUGAAGCCUAGUGUUUUCAUAAUGUAAUACAAUGAAAAAUGGCGGGAAAUAGAUAAAAGCCCCAAAGCAAGGCACAAACAGCCUGCCUAUGGGGCAUGGCUACCAGAAUCUAGUUUAUUCAGUGAAUCCCCUCAAAAAGACCAAACCGUCAGUGAUGUGUGUAUUAUAACUUAACGCUCUUGCUGUUCAGCUGUAUCUACAUUGUGAAAAAUAGUUCUGUUUGAUGCUAAGACAGCCACGCUCUGUGCAUUUGGGCUCUGAAAUAAAUUUAGAUCUAGGAGGAAAAUGGAGUGUUGCAAACACAAGACUAUUUUUAGAAGGAAAAGGCCUUGUCAGCUGGGGUGAAUCUUGAACUAAUUUAGUGAGACUUAAUAUUUUUUAAGAUUUGAAAUAUAUUUCAUAAAAAUCCUCUAUUCAAAAGUCAUAUUCUACGCUGAUCCCCCUUCAAGGGGGACACAUCUGGGUUCCAGGCAGUUAUGAAA